AUGGCUACGAGCUCUGGGUCUCUGGGUGGUGGCCGCCUCAGCCCUGAGGGGAUUCUGAGACAGAUCCAGAUCACCUUGCUGGAGUGUAAAGUCUGCUUCGAGAAGUUCAACACUCAGCAGAGGGAGCGCAGACCACAGAACCUUUCCUGUGGCCAUGUACUCUGUCUGGAAUGCAUCACGACUCUGUCCCACCCUCUACUGAGGAAGCUGGAGUGCCCGUUCUGUCGACAGCUGUGCAGUGUUGACAGCACCUCCCACUGCCAGGUUCUCAGUGACCUGCAGGAGCUGCUGUUUCCCCGGAGUCCUGUAUCCACUGCUCUUCCCCUCAUGGCAAAAGGAGGAUUCAGCUUGGCUGCUGAUAAGGCAUCCACAGCUCUGCGCCUCACCACAGCUUUUGGUGGAUGGGGGACUCUUAUCAACCCCACUGGGAUAGCUGCUUUGGGGUCUUCAAGGACAUUAGUGGUGGUGCAUGAUGGAGAGAAGAGGGUGGUGAUGUUCAGCCCACAGGGCAGGAAGCUGCACAGUUUUGGGCGAAGAGCACAAGCCAGUGGGGAGAUCCGGUACCCAGUGGAUGUGGCGGUGACUCCCUGUGGUUAUGUGGUGGUGACUGAUGCUGGGGAUAAAUCUGUGAAGGUUUUCACUUCGAGGGGUCACCAAGUGUUGAAGGUCAAGGAUUCCUUCGAGAUGCCCUGGGGUGUGGACACAGACAGCUGUGGGCACAUCCUGGUCUCAGACAUCCAGGCUGGCACGCUGUCCCAGGUAAAAGUGGACUAUAGUCGUGGUGUCAUUCUGGCCAUGCAUACAGCCAUUUCUGACCUCCGGCAUCCAAAGGCGGUGGCCUGUUGUCAAAUGACUGGGAACACAGCAGUGAUGGAGCAUCUGACUAAUGACAGACAUAUACCAGAGAGGCACAUGAGGCUGAAAGUGUUUACAAAAGACUUCCAGCUUCUUUAUCAGACAGACAGUUUCAGCCUGACCCUGCAGUACACAGUGAGGCUGAACAUGUCAGGUGUGGUGUUUGGCAAAGAUGGAGAUCUGAUUGUGAUUGACUCCAAUCAGGGGAUAAUUUGGAGUUUAGGGAAGCCUCAGAACGGCCCAUCCCUAACUCCUCUUGUGGGAGACCACCUUAUCCGCCCAGCUGGACUGGUGUCAGUGAACAACAUGCUCAUCGUUCUGGACAGUGGAGACCAUGCCGUGAAGAUUUAUUCUGCUAAAUCUGAUACUGGACCCAUGGCAUAG